UCACGUAUUAGGCUAGACUAGGACAUGCCACAGAAAUCUUACUGGGGCUCCAAAAAAAAAAAAAAAAAAAAAAAAAAAAAAAGAAAUCAAGAACUGACAGUACCUCUCUAAAAUUCUGCUUAACACAGCGCAGAGAUGUCUGCAUGCCAUGUAUUAAGCUAGUGUAGGGCAUGCCAUUUGUUCCCCUAGUCAAAACACUGAAUCAGCACCUCACAUUCAGUACCAGUCCUCGCCUAAGGAAGGUCUUCGUCUCUGAGUUAUUAGUCAAACAUAUUUCCUGUGCCUUCUCCAAACACUUUUCAGUCUGACAGCCGUGGAUUGGCCAGCGUAAAAGGCUGCAGGUACACAAAGAACUCGCCAGGCAUUGCACAGUACAGUUCUACCGCAGGACCAGGUACGGCAUUCGGGCGCGCGUCCUCAGCUCACGGAAGGGCCGGAAGGCUCGAUGCAAGAGGCACAGUUCAAGCUACUCAAAGAUUAAGGCCAGAACUUAAAUUUCAAAGGUCUUUGAAUGCGGGCAGAGAGCUCCGGAUGCCUGGGCAAUGAAAAGGAAGCGAUGCUGAUCUGGGGAAGAAAAAAGAGGUGUUUGUAGCCCUGGCUGAACCACGGAGCUCUCCCUGGACCAUGUCCCUGGGCAGUGGAAGAUUGUGAGACCGUGGCUGAGAGUCAACUCGUAGCUGCUUGCCUGCUCCUGCCCACCUGAGUAGCUGCCCAGGUUGCAGAAGCAGUGGCUGGCUCAGGAGAACACAAACACAGUGAGGAUGAGUGUAGGGGUGAGCACCUCGGCCCCGCUCCUCACGACCUCAGAUACAACCCACACCACCCCUGUCUUCUCAGUCGUGGACUAUUUGGUGUUUGCCCUGCUGCUGCUGCUCUCCCUGGCUAUUGGGCUCUACCAUGCUUGUCGUGGGUGGGGCCACCAUACUGUUGGCCAGCUGCUGAUGGCAGACCGCAAAAUGAGCUGCUUCCCUGUGGCACUGUCCCUGCUGGCCACAUUCCAGUCUGCUGUGGCCAUCUUGGGCGUGCCAUCUGAGAUCUACCGAUUUGGGACCCAGUAUUGGUUCCUGGGCUGCUCCUACUUUCUGGGGCUGCUGAUCCCUGCUCAUAUCUUCAUCCCUGUCUUCUACCGCCUGCACCUCACCAGCACCUAUGAGUACCUGGAGCUCCGAUUCAAUAAAGCAGUGCGGAUUUGCGGAACUGUGACCUUCAUCUUUCAGAUGGUGAUCUACAUGGGGGUUGUGCUCUAUGCGCCAUCAUUGGCCCUCAAUGCAGUGACGGGCUUUGAUCUGUGGCUCUCAGUGCUGACCCUGGGUAUUGUCUGCACCAUCUACACUGCACUGGGUGGGCUGAAGGCUGUCAUCUGGACAGAUGUGUUCCAGACACUGGUCAUGUUCCUAGGGCAGGUGGCUGUUAUUAUUGUGGGGUCAGCCAAAGUGGGCGGCAUGGGGCGUGUGUGGGCCUUGGCUUCCCAGCACGACCUCAUCUCUGGGAUCGAGCUGAAUCCAGACCCCUUUGUGCGGCACACCUUCUGGACCUUGGCCUUCGGGGGUGUUUUCAUGAUGCUCUCCUUGUAUGGGGUGAACCAGGCUCAGGUGCAACGCUACCUCAGUUCCCACACGGAGAAGGCUGCUGUGCUUUCCUGCUAUGCGGUGUUCCCUUGCCAGCAGAUAGUGCUCUGUAUAAGCUGCCUCAUUGGCCUGGUCAUGUUUGCGUAUUACCAGGAGUUUCCUUUGAGCAGCCAACAAGCUCAGGCAGCCCCUGACCAGUUUGUCCUCUACUUUGUGAUGGACCUCCUGAAUGGCCUGCCAGGCCUGCCUGGGCUCUUUGUUGCCUGCCUCUUCAGCGGCUCCCUAAGCACCAUAUCCUCUGCUUUUAAUUCAUUGGCAACUGUCACAAUGGAAGACCUGAUUCAACCGUGGUUCCCUGAAUUCUCUGAAACCCGGGCCAUCAUGCUUUCCAGAAGCCUCGCAAUUGGCUAUGGGCUGCUUUGUUUGGGAAUGGCCUAUAUUUCCUCCCAGAUGGGACCCUUGCUGCAGGCAGCAAUCAGUAUCUUUGGCAUGGUUGGAGGGCCGCUGCUUGGACUCUUCUGCCUUGGAAUAUUCUUUCCUUGUGCCAACCCUCCUGGUGCCAUCGUGGGGCUGUUGGCUGGACUUAUCAUGGCCUUCUGGAUUGGCAUCGGGAGCUUACUGACCAGUAUGGGCUCUGGCACAGCAGCCUCUCACCUUAAUGUGUCCAGCUUCUCUCUGCCUAGCAAUCUGACCAGCGUGACUGUGACUACCCUGAUGCCAUUUACCACCCUCUCCAAGCCCACAGGGUUACAGCGGUUCUAUUCCUUGUCUUAUUUAUGGUACAGCGCUCACAACUCUACCACUGUCAUUGUAGUGGGCCUGAUCGUCAGUCUGCUCACUGGAGGGAUGCGGGGCCGGACCCUGAACCCUCAGACCAUUUACCCUGUGCUGCCAAGACUCCUUGCCCUCCUGCCCUUGUCCUGUCAGAAGCGGCUUUGCUGCAGAAGCCACAGCCAGGACGUCUCCAUGGACACCAGCCUAUUUGCAGAGAAGAUGAAGAAGGGCAUGCUUCAGGACAGUGGAGACAAGUGGGCAAUGGCUGAAGACAGGCCAGGCCAGGAGGGAAUCAGUCCCACCUUCGUCCUCCAGGAAACCUCACUGUGAUGCGGACCCCGGCUGUAGCCCCUGUCCUCAAUGCCAAGCAGCAGCCAGGGGCCACUCUGUAACAUGGAAAUGAGUCCUUUGAUACAUUGGGUGAGGUGUUACCCAGCCCGCACCAAAACACCUUGCUCUUCAAGAUGCCUGCUGCCAUGAAAGCAAUUGCAUCUUGGCCAUGUGUCCUUUGCUAGUCUGUUCUCUAGAGGACA